AUGGGUAAAAAAGCAAUCCAGUUUGGUGGCGGCAACAUUGGCCGUGGCUUUGUUGCUGAGUUCCUGCAUCAAUCCGGCUACGAAGUUGUCUUCAUCGAUGUGGUCCCUCAAGUCAUUGAGUCCCUGAACAACACCAAGUCUUACGAGGUCACUGAGAUCAGCGAGGAGGGAGAAAAGACCAAGACCAUCACCAACUUCCGUGCUUUGAGCUCCAAGACCCAAGAGCCAGAGGUCGUCAAGGAGAUUGCUACUGCCGAUGUCGUCACCUGUGCCGUCGGACCAAAUGUGCUGAAAUUCAUUGCUCCCGUCAUUGCUAAGGGCAUUGACUCUCGUGAGGCAGACCGCCCCCUUGCUGUUAUCGCUUGCGAGAACGCUAUCAAUGCAACCGAUACUCUUCGCGGCCAUAUCGAGGAACGCCUUGACAAAUCUCGUCUCGACACUCUUCCCAAGCGUGCUCGCUUCGCUAACUCUGCGAUCGAUCGUAUCGUACCUACUCAACCCGAGAACGCAGGUCUCAACGUUCGUAUCGAGAAGUUCUACGAGUGGGUGGUCGAACAGACUCCGUUCGGUGAAUACGGUCACCCUGACAUUUCUGCCAUCCACUGGGUCGACCAUCUCGAGCCUUACAUUGAGCGCAAACUCUUUACUGUCAACACUGGUCACGCGACUGCCGCUUACUAUGGCUACCAAUUGGGCAAAAAGACCAUUCACGAUGCUUUGGCUGAUAAGACAAUUCACAAGCAAGUUCACGCCGCUUUGGACGAGACUGCAUCCCUGAUUGUCAGCAAGCACGAAAUCACUGAGCAGGAGCAGAAGGAGUAUGUUGAGACCAUCGUUUCUCGUAUCUCUAACCCUUACCUCGAGGACGUUGUCGAGCGUGUCGGCCGCGCUCCAUUGCGCAAGCUUUCUCGCAACGAACGUUUCAUCGGUCCGGCUGCGCAACUGGCUGAGCGUGGCAUGAAGUUCGACGCUUUGCUCUUGUCUAUCGAGAAAGCUCUUCAGUUCCAAAACGUCGAGGGCGAUGACGAGAGCGCGGAACUCGCCAAGAUCCUCAAGGAGAAAUCUGCCGCCGAUGCCACUCAACAGAUUACCGGCCUCGAGACCGGUCACCCCCUCUACCAACAUGUUCUGAAGGUUUUUGAGAAGGUUCAGGCGGAGUCAAAUGAGAUCAUGUUUUACCUCGUAGUUGACUAUUUCCAAUAUCUGUCCUACGAUGAUGCCGCAUAUUUGCGUGCUUUUGUGUCUUAG